UAAAGCCCCAACUCCUGGAGUCACUCCAUUUUGCCAAAGACCUCGCUGUUGUGGCAAUGAGGGAGCAGAGGAGCACAGAACAGAGAAAGCUCAAAGCCAGUCCCUUGUCACCAAGGAGAAGGGAUCAGCACUUGGGAAGGAAACAAAACACCCACUGCCCAGGAGGGUGAUUUCCUCUCCCCGAGCAGCACUACAGCCCUGGGACCCCGGGGGGGCUCUGGACACCAGCACAGCGUCACCACCCCCUGUGGCAGGGAGCAAGUGGCACCAGGCUUAUGGCAGAAUGUGGGGGGCACCGGGCACGGGGGUGCGGAGCAUCCGUCCCUACCAGUCCAGCGAGCAGUACCUGUACGCCAUGAAGGAGGACCUGGCAGAGUGGCUGAAGGAGCUCUAUGACCUUGACAUCGAGGUGGGCACCUUCUUGGAGGUGCUGGAGACGGGGGCUGUGCUUUGCUCCCACGCCAACCACGUCACCCAGGUGGCCGGGGAGUUUGCCCGUGCCUGCCCCGACGUGGCCCGGCACCUCCACCUGCCCACCGCCGGUGUCACCUGCAACCUCACAGCACAGCCAGGCACCUUCCAGGCCAGGGACAACGUCUCCAACUUCAUCCAGUGGUGCAGGAAGGAAAUGGGUAUCAAAGACGUCCUGAUGUUCGAGACAGAGGACCUGGUGCUGAGGAAGAACGAGAAGAACUUCGUGCUGUGCCUGCUGGAGCUGGCACGCCACGCUUCCCGCCUCGGAAUGCGCGCCCCGACCCUGGUGCAGAUGGAGGAGGAGAUCGAGGAGGAGCUUCGGCAGGAGCUGGACCUGCCUCCCAUGGACACCGCCCUGCCCCGGGGCCCCAGGAAACCACGGGACCUCAACAACCUCGACCAGAUGGUCCAGCACCUGGUGAGCCGCUGUACCUGCCCUGUCCAGUUCCCCAUGAUCAAGCUCUCCGAAGGGAAAUACCGUGUGGGGGACUCUGACACCCUCAUCUUUGUGCGGAUCCUGCGGGAACACGUCAUGGUGCGGGUCGGGGGCGGCUGGGACACGCUGGAGCAUUACCUGGACAAGCACGACCCGUGUCGCUGCAGCUCGCUCUCUCACAAACAAGCCUGGAAAGCCCGGAGCCCGCAGCAGCAAGUGCAGCACGAGGUGCGGCUGUGCCCGACCCCGAGGGCGGCCGCCCGCAGCCCCCAGCCCGCGCUGCUGGUCAGCCGCUCCCAGAGCCCCCUGCCCCCUGUCCCUUGGGGGUCCCGUGUCCCCCCUGGCCCCGGCUCCCCUGCCACCCCCUCGCCGGAGGGCUCGGGUCGCCGGCCGGGUGCCAGCCCCCACCGAGAGCAGCCCCGGAGGGUCCCUUCGGGCAGGAUGCGGGAGCCACCCGCUGUCCCUCUGGGGAAGCAGCCGCCACCAUCCCGGUCCCCGGCUCGGUCCGGCUCCCCCGGGCACGGGGCGAGGGGCCGGGCACCCACCCCUUCCCGGCUGAGCUUCCCGAACUGCUCGGGGGUCCCCGGGGCACCGCAAGGGACCAGCCCAGGGAAAGCCACCCCUGCGGCACCGGCACGGGGCAGGUCCGCAGCACCCAGCCCACGGACGGUCCCAGCACCUCCGAGAAGCAGCCAGCAAGGAGGAAAACCGUCUGUGGUGGCUGCCAGGCCACAGGGAACGGAGGCACCCACCACAGUGACACCCCGAGCCCCCAGUCCCUUAAAGGUCCGUGCCUCCAGUCCCCGAAAGGUCCUCUCCCCCUCCUCGCACCGGGAUGUCCCGGGGGACUCACAGAGCCUGAAGAGCCCACGGGAAGGGAGGCAGGGAGCUCUUGGCCGGGGCCGACAGCCCUCACCCCGGAAUUCCUCCAGCCGACCCCCGAAACUGGACAGCGGCGUUAAACCCCCCAGGAAAGGCAGCCCGGCCGCCUCCCGGCCCCUCACCCCUCCGGGCCGCUCUGCAGAGGGGUGCAAGCUCUGGGAGGGUCCCCAGGGGACACGGCAGUGCCAGCCAGCCCCGAGCCCAAGGGCUGCGGCUGCCGAGGGACCUCGGGUGCCAGAGGAUGAAGCCGGGGGAGGCUGCGGCCCUGGCGAUGGGGCUGGGGGGCUCCGGGGGUGCUGUGGGAACUCGCAGCCCCCCGGCUAUGACAGGGUGGUGGAGGAGCUCUCCCGGGGGCCGCAGCCCCUGCGCCCUGUGGGGAUGUGGAGCCAGGUCCCCAAAACCCCCGCAAGAGCUGUCCCGCAGCUCCUGGGCCCGGGGGAGGAGGAGCGGCCGGGACUGGGGGUCCAGACCCCGCGGGGACCCAGGGCCAACAACGCCGCCAAGCCCCGGCGGUGCCUGAAGAAGCCCGAGCGUGUCCCCUCCAUCUACAAGCUGAAGCUGCGGCCCAAGGUGCGUCCCCGGCGGGACCACAGGCCGGGCAAGCGCCCCUCGCGCAUCCCCACCCCGCUGGGGCAUCGCCCCCCUGCCCCCCGCACCCAGCACCGCCCCCCGGGGACCCCCCGAGCCCCCCAGUCCCGCAGCACCCGCCCCACGGCCGAGCCGCCCCUGGCUGACAGCGGCACCUGGCUGACCGAGGAUGAUGAGGAGUCCUGGGUCUGAGCCCACCCCGAGAGUCGGACAGACGGACGGACCCCUCCCUCUAAAGGUGGGAGCGAUGCUGAAGCUGAAACUGGAGCUGCGGUGCCCGAGGAUUCCAAGCGAGGGGCCCCACCUCACUCCGAGGGCUGCGCCCCCUCCUUCCCCAUGAAUUUUUUCUGUACUGGUAAUCCUGCUAAGCAGGCGUUUUGUACUGGUUUGGGUGGAAAAAUCCAGCCCCAAAUUGAGAGAAUGGGAUGCUUGCUGCAGGAGGAAGGGUUGAGCCCCCCCUGAAGUGUGGACAACCCACCCUUGACAUCUGUAAAAAUGUCAAUGUUCCUCGAUAUUCCACAUCAGCACCACGGGACAGUGAGCCUCGUGUGUGACAGCUCCAGGGUGCUUGGGUCACUCAGGUCAGGGGGUCACAGGAGGGGUCCCUGGCUGACCCCCGUGGUCCCUUCUGGGGUGAUGGAUGUCACCGAGGGUCACAGCAGACACUGCUGCACCCCGAGCCCGCAGCCACGGACCCAGCAAUGCUGGUUGUGCAAUAGAGAUGUACCAAAACUCUUCUGUUUCCACAUCUUUUCUGUGUGGGUGGGGAGGGAGAGAGGAUAAUCCUGAGAUUAUCCCAUCCCCGUCCCUCUGAGAACCCCACAAGGCCCAGGAGAGCCCCAUUUUCCACGAGAGGAUGAAGUCAGCCCCACUUCCCUGCAGAGGAGCAGCAAAUGUGAGCGCUGGGACUCUGGGAAUUCAAAACCUGCCGGCAAAAACACUCCUGAGGCUGGUGUGGAACAAGGGGGACAGACCUGAUUUUUAAUUCAAUUUCAAAGAAGGAGGUGCAGGGCGUCACAGGCGGUGUAGACACCUCGGGAAUCUCUGACAAGGAGUCCAGGGGGGAAAGGAAAGCCAAGUCCAGGCAACUGGGAUGUUCAGUGGGGCAGGAGGAGGAGGGAGGGAGAGGGAAGCAUCCUUGGUGGGGCCGAACCAAACCCAGGCAUCACCUCCACGAGCACGGGGGCAGAAACCUGGCACUGCCCUGGGCACAGCAGUGGGGCCAUCCCAGCCUGUGCCAGGCCCAGGCUGCUCUCAGCAGGACCAGGCUGGCGUUGGGUGAGUGGUAAAUCUGUAGUAAGGUGUGAGUAGGGCUGCGGGGUGCUCGUGGCUGCUGCUGUGCUCCCGUGAGCUCCGAUCCCUGCGCCUGGAAACCUCGGAUCUUCCUGCCUGGGAUUCCCUGCCUGCACCCAGGGUGCCACCACCACCACCACCUACCCCUUCCUGGGCUCUUGGGAAAGUAACUCUUUGUAGCCCUCGUUUUCCCGGGAGCUGGGAAAUGCUGUCGAAGCAGUGAGAGUUGUUAUUAUUACUAAUAUAACUUCCUCUGUCUAUAAAGUACAAUAGAAUAUAACAAUUAUAUUUAGAA